GAACAUUGGCAGAAACAGUGGAAGCGACUGGCAGUUCGAGUGUCACUCCCGUACCCGUUGCGUUUCGCUGUUUGGCUGUGCGAGUGUUGCUUUGCAGUAAAAAACUAAAAUAAAAACCGUGAAUUCUCUUCGAUCGCGUCCUUUUUUUCCUGUGUUCGCCAUUGAUUAUAAUAUUGUUCAUACCUGAAAACAACCGAAAAAUCUUUACAGAAACUUCUGGUUGUAAGUGAUAUUUAUGUUUGCGGAAAACUCGAAAGACUAAAAUGGCAGUGACCGUACUACCGCUUGAAAAGAAGUGAUAAUUUCGAAGAGUAACAUUUUAUCGAUCGAUUAUUCGCACCGUGCAUCGCACAACAGCCACAGUCACGGGAGGGGCCGAGCGAAAAUUUUGGAAUGCUUUCAAAAUAUCGUCAGUAGAAUGACAAUAUCGGGCUGCUGAAUCUAUUGUAGUAGGUGAAAGUGUGAUUACCAAAGUGCAAAUAGAUAACAAAUUAUUCGGUGGAAUGCACUGGUUUUUGACGAAGAGAACAACGCCUCAAAGAGUAGUUACUGACUUGAACAACCGGUCAUUAGGGAACUAAUUAUCCUCAUCUCGACCUGCAGGUGAAUUGAUUAUAAAACGGUGAAUCUACACAGCCCACUUAUAGAUAGACAAUAGCGUCCAUCGAGCGCGCAAUGUGGCGAUAGGUAACGUGACAGGACGCAAUGCUUCAGUGGAAGGAGCCAUCAUCGCAGCGUACUCCACCAGCGGAUAUGACUGCGUACAAAACCUGAGUACUACUCUCGAGCAAUUUCGAUUACCUUGGUGCAACCGGUGUCGUUAUAGAUAUAGAAUGAAAAGCUAGCUUUAGGUUAAUAGUGAAACGAACUGAUAAGUGAUAACAGGUGAAAUCUCAGCAAAGUUGCUCGUGACGAAAUACAUUUAGGUAGCGUAAAAGUGAUUAGAAGUAUAGCAAGGACGUGGUCAAGCGACAACACUGCAGGUUACCGGAUACCGUAGAACAUAAGAUGCUGAACUCUACCUCCAAGCAUUUGCUGCAUUGUGUGCUGCUUAUCACGUUACUUGUUCUGUUUGAAGUAUUUUCGGGAGGUAUCAAAGUAAACGAAAAUAGCUUUGUGUCGGUCGACCCUUGGGAGGAAUAUGGCACGAUACCAACGCUGCUGUUAUACACACUACGGUUGCUCACGUUCCUGACGUUACCACAGGUGUUAUUCAAUUUCUUCGGACUAGUGUUUUAUAAUGCCUUCCCUGAAAAGGUAGUGCUGAAAGGGUCGCCUUUGUUGGCACCCUUCAUCUGCAUUCGGGUUGUAACCCGAGGCGACUAUCCAGAUCUAGUCAAAUCGAAUGUGAUGCGUAACAUGAAUACAUGUUUGGAUACCGGACUGGAAAACUUCCUGAUCGAAGUUGUUACUGAUAAGGCAGUGAAUCUGGUCAAACAUCGCCGCACUCGGGAGAUCGUAGUCCCGAAGGAUUACAAAACUAAAACCGGUGCCAUGUUUAAAUCGCGCGCCCUGCAGUACUGCCUGGAGGAUACAGUGAAUGUACUUAACAACAAUGACUGGGUGGUGCAUCUAGACGAGGAAACAUUGCUUACCGAGAAUAGCGUGCGAGGCAUCAUCAAUUUCGUUCUAGAUGGAAAGCAUCCUUUCGGCCAGGGUUUGAUUACGUACGCCAAUGAGAAUGUGGUCAAUUGGCUGACGACGCUAGCUGACAGCUUCCGCGUUUCUGAUGACAUGGGUAAACUGCGACUGCAGUUCAAAAUGUUUCACAAGCCGUUCUUCAGCUGGAAGGGCAGUUACGUCGUUACUCAGGUCCACGCCGAGAAGGAGGUUUCAUUUGACAACGGAAUCGAUGGUUCAGUUGCCGAGGAUUGCUUCUUUGCUAUGCGAGCGUUCGCCAAGGGAUAUAGCUUCAAUUUCAUCGAGGGUGAAAUGUACGAAAAGUCACCAUUUACGUUGCUAGACUUCCUGCAACAGCGGAAGCGUUGGCUCCAGGGGAUUUUGUUAGUAGUGCAUUCGAACACGAUCCCAGUGCGGAACAAGCUGCUGCUCGGCAUUAGUGUGUACUCGUGGGUCACGAUGCCACUGUCCACUUCGAACAUGAUUUUCGCCGGUUUGUAUCCGAUUCCAUGCCCGAAUACGGUGGACUUUCUGUGUGCUUUUAUCGCCGGGUUCAACAUCUAUAUGUACGUCUUCGGAGUGAUAAAAUCGUUCUCCCUUUACCGUUUCGGAGUGGUUAAGUUCCUUGCGUGCGUCCUGGGGGCACUGUGCACGAUCCCGAUCAAUGUUAUCAUCGAGAAUGUUGCCGUCAUCUGGGGCCUCGUUGGAAAAAAGCACAAGUUCUACGUGGUGCAAAAAGAUGUUCGUGCACUCGUUACCGUUUAACGAGACUCUGGCGAUGCUGUUCUGCCUCCAUUAUUUCUGGUCAGGUUUUAGGAAAAAGCCGACGAAAUACUUUAUUCACUAUCUGACGAUAGGAGCUAGCUGUAUUAUUUUCAAAACCUAGGCUUUACAGUUUUUCUUUCGUCUUAGUGGUAAGUUUGGCAGGUUAGCUGUUGUUAUUAUUACCUGUAAAUUUGAUAUGAUUCAGUAUUUUCUCUGAAUUACCGUGGUAAAAGUUUAGUAGUAUUGCGUGCGCGUUCAUAGGGAACUCUUGUAAUUUUGUUUGUUGUACCGUGAAGCGCCCUAUUUUUGCGCGGUUCUUACUUCUGCGCACUUCAUAUUAAAAUGUUAAAAAAAUAUCAAUUAAAAGCAGAUUUUCAAAAAUGAUGUUUGGAAGUGAUUUUCUAUGUAUUAACUGUUAACUUUCUGCUUAUGUUUCCUUUUUUAGUAAACAGCAUAAACAUUUUGAUACUAAGUGCGAAGAAUUAAGAGCCGCGCAGAAUUAGGGCGCCUGGUAUACGCUCAUCGAACCUACAAGUUUAUGUUAUAUGCGCGAUCAAGUGUUUGUUUGCAUGCAACUUGCUGAUAAUAAGGGUGCGUUACUCAUCAAGGUGUUCUAAUGCUAGCUCUCGAGUUUAUAUUCGUGUAACAUGUCUUGUAGUUUACAUUUUCAAGUUAUUUACACAGAAAAGUACGUAGAAAAGCAUCCGAUAGAUGAAAAGUUUCAAGAAUAUAACUAUUUAUGUUCAACGAUUUAUUUUUUUGUUAUGAUUUACCAAUUUUACUGCUAAACGCUGAGUGCGUGAACGUUCUGAUCAGAUAUAAGUUCUUCUUUUUCAACUUACAAAAACGGUAGGAAUCAUAAUUUCAUCCUCAACGUGGUUUAAAAGGGGUUAGUAACGAAAGACUGAAACCCGAAAGGCUGAAACUCGAAAGGCUGAAAAGUAUGUUUCAUAACGAAAGGCUGAAUGCACAAAAGGCUGAAACCACAAAAGGCUGAAUGAACGAAAGGCUGAAACAUGGAAGGCUGAAACUUUUGUAACUUGAAUCAUAAUCGUUGAAAAAUUCGGAGACAUGGAUAACAAACCUUUAUUAAGUGACAGAGUUCAAUGUUUGAGUAUUAAUUGGUUUGUGCAAUGGAAAAUUAAUUUUCGGCAACAUUUGAAUCUAUACACACUUGACUCUUGUACACGUUUCCUAGAUGAUUCAAGGCGAGACGGCCGAAGGCCGCGAGUGUGCGCCGGCGAUCCGCCGUCGGAAGCGCCGGCCACUGCGGGGGGGCAGCCCCCGCAGAAAUCACCUCUGUAUAGGUUCGUUCGUUUUCCUAGGUCUACUGACUCGUAGGGGUGAUCCUCUAGUUUAGUCCGAACGAGCGAUAGCGAGUAAGGACAGCAUACAUCUCGGACAAUCGAGUCGGCCGUAGGCCGCGAGUGUUCUUUUAGAAAUAAACUUUGUGAAUUUCAGCCUUAUGAUUUUCAGCUUUUCGUGAUUCAGCCUUUCGUGUUUUCAGCCUUAUGUAGUUUUCAGCCUUUCGUGAUUUCAGCCUUUCGAAUUUCAGCCUUUCGUGUUUCAGCCUUUUGAGUUUCAGCCUUUCGUAGUAGACCCGUUUAAAAGGUACGUUUCCGUUGUAUAGGUCAAACGCAUUGAAAAACUUCAGUUCGUUGAUACUACCAGUGAUUUUCGACUUAAUCACAAAUAUGGACCAAGUUUAGCACACAUCCGUGAUGAGUGACUUUCCCUUUUUUCAAUGUAGAGUAUUGUAAUGUUUAGGGAUAAUGCGAUAUGCUGGAGGGAGAAAACGCUAAUGAGAUUUUCAAGGUUUGUAAUUUAUUUUAACUGUUUAUUUCGUGUAUAACUGUUUACCAUAAUUAGCAUUUUAAGUGUACAUUAUAUUUGAGAACUGUGUUCUCUGAACGUGUGAAAAUAUUAGCAUUACAGAGAUGUACAUUAUAAAGCUUUUCGUUUGUAUUGCAAUUUUCCGCAAAUUAAAACUAAAUCAUUGUGGGUUUAUCAGGAACCCCUAAAUAACUAAACGUAACAAAAAAAAACUGAACAAUCAGUUGUUGUUUUGCAAUAAUUUCAAUCGUCAAAAGCAUGAUGGAAGGGAUUAUCACAAACUGUUACUGUUUCGUAGAAAUCACAACUUGGAUCACAAUUUAUUAAGAUAGAACGCUUGUUCAGAUUAGGCGCCGAGAACGUAGCUUUUUAUUUAGAACGAUGAUAACAGAACAAAUUACUCAUAUUAGAACGAAAUCAUGAACAGAAUAAACAUCCACGUCCACAAACGUUGUUCACUACCUAUUAACAAGAUAAAACUAGUAAUGGCAGAUGAAUGAUUAAAAUAAUAAGAAAAACGGAAAACCAAACAAAAAUCUUCAAAAAGUAAGCAGCAUUUAAAUUAGAAAAUAUUUAAAAUUAUACUAUUGGUUAUAGCAAAAAAAAAAACACUCUUCAGCAAAAUAAUAUAGAAGUAAAACACACAACGCUAAAAAGUAAUUUCAAGGUCGGUAAAGUUUUAAACAGCUUCCUAAUGAAGGGGACUGUUUCUAUACAUUUUUCUAUAGGGACAGCCAUUUGAUAUGAACAAAUACAAGUAUAAGAACAAAACAUUGAAAGCAGUCGCAACAAUCUAGCAAAAAAAGCUAACAACACAGAACAUGCAAACGUUAUUUAUGAUCUACCUAACUGUAAUGGAACCGGCGGUAAAAUUAUUAAUAAAAUAAUGCGAUUCAACAUUA